AUUUUUUGGUUGUUGUCAUUCGUCAAGGGAGAGCUUUGUAAUGAGUCAGGCUGCAGGCCAUGUGACUGCUCACAGGGCUGCAGGGAUUGGCUGGGCCUCUAUGACCUCAUCAAGCUGCCUCUGCCCUUCCCAGCAUCUAUUUCCCCCCCGCCCCCCUUCCAAUUCCUAACAGGCAUGCACACCAGCAACCCUCCUCCCCUCCCUCUCUACCUCCAUCUCUCCGGCUUUCUGUCUUUGGUUCUUUUCCCCUCCAGUUAGCUUUUCCUCUCCUCUGAGCAUCCUCUGCUGAAUGUGUUGCUUAGAGCCGCAGUAGCAGCCGAGGCGGGCGCCACCGCAGCAUCCGUGGAUUAAAGCACGAGCUCUUAUCUGCAGCUAGUCCGACCAGGCCCCCAUAUCUCUCUCUCUCUCUCUCUCUCUCUCUCUCUCUCUCUUUCUCUCUCUCUUUGUAUAGACGUCUCUCCCUCGCUCCCUCUUUGGCUGGUUGACAGGCGACUGCUGGGGGUGUUAUAGGCUCACAGUUAGCCAGGGCGUUAGCCACACACACACACACACACACACGACCGCUCUGCUGUCCAUCAAUUUCUUCUUCUCAUCUCUGCAUCUCCCGCUUUCAAUUCAGGCUGCUCUGAGGUAGAGGAAUGCAAAUCUGCAACCAUGAUGGAAGGAUUGAAAAAACGUACCAGGAAGGCCUUUGGUAUACGGAAGAAAGAGAAAGACAAUGACUCAACGGGGUCCCCAGACAGAGAGGGGGGUGAACCCCAAGAGGUUGAAUCGUCUCAGAGGAAGGCCAAUGGAGCCCCAAAUGGAUUCUAUGGAGAAAUCGACUGGGAAAGAUAUAACUCUCCUGAGGUGGAUGAAGAGGGUUAUAGCAUCAGACCUGAAGAUGAGGCAGACCAGCCAAAUUGCCCCAAGUCCCAUUUCUUCUCUUCGGAUGAGUCGGAAGAAGAGGAGGACCACAGGAAAAAGUUCAAGAUUAAGAUUAAGCCCCUUCCAUCUGAUCAAGUUGUGGCCGUGCCCUCGUUUGAAGAACUCAAAGCCUCCGUAGGCAACAUUGCUCUAUCCCCUUCUCCUCUGAGACAUAGCCUGGGGUUGAAAAGGAACACCUCCAGUGAAGAGAUUGUCAGACCAAGACGUGUUGUUCCCACUGUGGCCCCCAUAGCUGCUCCUGCACCACAAGCUCCCAGCCGGCAGACACCAGCCUCUGAAGAAUCUACGAAUUUGUUUGGGCCCCCUUUGGAAACAGCAUUUGGAGAACAGAAAUUAGAAGUGGUUCUGUCUGAGUCUGAUGUGUGGGGGGCUUCUGAGUCAGAGCCUGAGUCCUCUUUGACAAGACCCUUCCCCACAGGAACUCCACCACCACUUCCACCCAAGAAUGUUCCAACAUCUCCCCUGACAACAGACCCUGCCUCUGCAGAUGACAAUGAUUUGUCAACAGAAGCUGAGAAUUCCACAAGAAAGACAUCCAUAGCUGACUUGGAUCAUCUCUUUGGACCAGAGCAGGCUCCUCCUGCAAAGGAGGAUACAGAUGACACAUGGGUGUGCUUCAGUGAGCAGUCUUCUGACUGGCCACCUCUACCAAAGGAACCUGCACCUCCCCUUUCCUUUUCUACACCUCCUCCAGAGGAAGCAGCACCACCAUUACCGGCCUCCCCACCUCCUCCCAAAUCUCCUGCCCCACCGUUGCCUGGAUCACCACCUCCUUCAGAAGACACGGCACCUCAUCGCCCUAAACCUCCUUCUCCAAAAGAAGUUCAGAUUUCCCCUCUAGUAAUUUCGCCACCACCCUCAGAGGAUCCUACUGCACCCUCUAAACCGUCUGGGCCUUCUAAACACGAAGACGGAAAUCUACUCUCGCCCAACACCUCGUCACUCCCGUCACCCAAGGAGUAUGUAUCUCCUCCAACUUCAACUCAUCCACCUGUUGAUUCGCCAGCCUGCAUCCCAACAGCUCCCAAAGCAAGCACGGCUCUAUCGGUGACUUCACCUGAUAUGCACACAGCAAGAUGUUCCAAUCCACCAAUCCAGACAAAGAAUACAGAUGGAACCCCACCCAACGAGGAUGAAGGUGAAAUUGCCACCUCGCCCAAAGAUUCAAGUCACGGGAGCCGAACUACGCCUCCACCACCCCCUCCCCCAACGUACCGGGCGGUGGUCUCAUCACCAGGUCCAACAUCAGGGGCAGGUGAUACGAAGAGUGGUUCCUCUUCUCCAGUACGGCCUGCCACUCCUUCAAUAGUCAACCCCACUCCACCUCCUCCUCCACCCCGCCCCCCUUCACGACCCAAACUUCCUCCAGGAAAACCAAAUGUAGGAGAUACUAAUCGUCCAUGUAGUCCAGCAGUUCAUGCGGCCAGCCCCCCUCCAGUUGCUCCAUUGGCUCGGGCAGAGAGCACCUCUUCCAUCUCCUCUACCAACUCCCUGAGCGCUGCCACUACUCCCACCAUCAGUAAAGACCUCUCCGUGUCAGAAGACGAUGCUUAUGUUGACAAGCUGCCUUCAUUUGAGAGACAUUUUGAUUCAUUUGCAGAGAAUGACCAGCCAUCCCUUGUAUGGUUUGACAGAGGGAAGUUUUAUUUAACCUUUGAAGGCUGCUCCAGAGGGCCGAGUCCUCUUACCAUGGGGGCUCAAGACACGCUUCCUGUGGCUGCCGCAUUCACAGAGACAGUCAAUGCCUUCUUUAAAGGGGCCGACCCCAGCAAAUGUGUUGUGAAGAUCAUAGGUGAGAUGGUUUUGUCGUUUCCAGCGGGGAUCACACGGCACUUUGCCAAUAACCCGUCCCCCGCUGUGCUAACCUUCAGCAUAACCAACUACAAUCGACUGGAGCAUGUGCUGCCUAACCCCCAGCUGCUCUGCUGUGACACCGCCACACAAGCGAAGGCUGAUGCCAAGGACUUCUGGGUGAACAUGCCAAACCUGAUAGCUCAUCUAAAGAAGGUAUCUGAGCAGAAGCCGCAGGCAACAUACUAUAAUGUGGAUAUGUUGAAGUAUCAGGUAUCAGUGCAGGGUCCUGUGUCCACUCCCAUCAAUCUGGCCAUGAGCUGGCGGUGUGAACCCACCAGCACAGACCUGAGGAUAGACUACAAAUAUAACGGCGAAGCCAUGUCAACGCCGAUGGCGCUGAACAAUGUCCAGUUUCUAGUCCCAGUUGAUGGAGGCGUUUCCAAACUGCAAGCUGUGUUACCUACAGCUGCAUGGAACGCCGAGCAGCAAAGAAUCCUGUGGAAGAUUCCGGACAUCUCACAAAAAUCAGAAAAUGGAGGUGUGGGAUCUUUGUUAGCCCGCUUCCAGCUAACAGAAGGUCCGAGUAAACCGGCUCCACUGGCUGUGCAAUUCACUAGUGAGGGCAGUACACUGUCAGGCUGUGAUAUUGAACUGGCUGGGCCUGGGUAUCGCUUCUCACUCGUCAAGAAGAGGUUCGCUGCUGGAAAAUACCUGGCAGACAACUAAUGCAAGAAGAGCAUUGAUGAACAAAUUAACUCCAGGGUGUGGAGGAUGACCCAGAGGACAGACCCACAUUCUUCAUUCACCUUGGCAGAGCCCAGGACCACAGGCUACCCAGCAGUAUUGUAAAACUUCCAUCUAGCAUUGUGGAACCAUUUUAGGUCAUUUAAUAAUGGCAUUUGUAAUAAUUUUAUAAUUAUUCGUUUAUUUAAUUACAUCUAAAUUGCUGCUGUUUUGCUCCUGGACUCUUUCCUUACUUUUAAAGUCUGUGCCUCUGGUCAAAGUGUGGUGACUCUUCACUGCAGCUGCCUGACCAGCCAGGUUCUACUGUGGAUGAGGUGACAGUAAAACUUCUUGACUGGAGUCGUAUCGAAAGUCUGAAUGGUUCAAAAUCAAAUCCACGACAACAUACUUAGCACGGAACAAUUUUGUCAGUACUAUAAAAUUCUUUUCAGUGUGGGACCUCUGUCCUCUUUUGCUCCCAGGUACAGUAUUUCCAUCAUCGCGACACCAUUUAAUGUCUUGUCAAUGCUUGUGUGUUAACCACACAUCAUGUAGAAGCUUAAACUUGACGCAUAUUCAUGGCUCAUCCACUGGUUCGACAGGGUCCUUGUACUUUGGAUCACAUCAAUGUUUUCUUUUCCAAUCAAAAUGCACUAUGCAGUCAGUCCAACUGCUGUUCUAUUUCUUUGCGAUCAUGGAGUUGUUUCACAGCCGGUAGGCAGCUGCAAUGAUAAACAGAUCUACUGGUGAUAACAUAAAAAACAUGUUUUCCCUUAAGAAGAACUAAGUGUACAAAGUGUCAUUUAAAAUCAAUAAUAUAUAUCUUAAAAGGCGUUUGGUGUUUUCCUUGUAUUGUCACAUAGCCUUUCUGUUGUUCCGAGACAGCAGUGAUAACUCCAGAUUACAUGACAGCAUCCUAUUUUUUUUCAUUAAGUACAUGAUUUGUUGUAUAAAAUAUGAUUCUGUCUAUGAUUUAGAUUUUGAAUGGUAUCACACAACUCUGUACCCUUAAAGCUAUAAAUAUUUCAGGUUUUUUUUUUUUUUUUGGUCACAUGUGUAGUUGAGUAACGUGUACAGUAUAAUGUAUAAUUUUUGGAUUUGUUUCAGAUAUAAUUUUUUAAUUAAAGUGCAACAGAAGUUCUGAGCUAUAUAUGUGUGUAUAUAUAUAUAUGGGUGGGUGGGGUCAGGUAACUUAAAGCGAUAAAUAUCAUCCAGGAUGCUAUGUUUUGCUUUGUGAAAGCAGUGUUAAUGUAAAUUCACAUUCAUGCCGGAGAUGAGAUGAGGAUGAUGGAUCCAUAACAUCCUUUAUGUUGGUACCAACUGUCAAUCAGUAAUCUACUCCAAUAAGAUAUUUUUAUGACAACAAUGGCUUUUAUUCAGCCUGAGGUGGACAGCAUAUUGGUCAAUAAAAGAUAUCUAUCCGCUGAUCAUGGAAAAAUAAAGGGAAGUCACUACAUCUGCAUUAUACUUUUUUCCAUUAGUUAACACGACCAGCUUUCUCUGUGCUUUUUUUACCUUCCUUUUCCUCUUCAAAUGUGACUUCCCAAAUUGCAUUUCAGGCCCCAGCCUGGUCCUCCCGUGCCCCGCUUGAAUCCAUAGCUUUAUUUUACAUAAUUGUAAUGGUCUCUGUGAGAUGACAUGAAAUUGUAGAUGGAGGUUAAGGUGACCAAAAUACUUUGUGUGGUGUGUGUGUGCGUGCGUGCGUGUGUGUGUGUAUAUAUGUUUGUGUGUGUACUCUGAUCUUCAACUCUCUGUGGAUGAGAAUAAGGGGAAUAUUUUUAAUGCUGAUUAAAACCUGAAAAGAUAUUUUUUUGUUUAUUGUGGGGGGAGAACACUGUGCUGGUAAUGUCUAUCUUCCCGAUCGUUCUUUGUCACGCCUUUUGAACAUGAAGUGUGUACGUGAGGUGUCGCCCAAGCCCACAGUACUUUCUUCUAUGUCAAUAUUGUGCUAAACACACCCAAACAUGGUCUUGUAAGGUCUGUUGUAGAACCAUAUUAAACUGGGUUUAGAGCAACAAAGCAAUUGUCCUGACAUCAAUCUUCCUAAACAGCUGUUUUAAUUAUUAUUAUUAUUAUUAUUAUAGGCUCAUUUUGCCGGUGUGAACAAACAAAUAGGUAACACCCCGUUUGGAUAGAGGUGACAGAAAGUUGUAAUGUUUUUGUUGACUAUCAAAGCAAUCACAGCAACAGCAUCUUCAGCAUUAUUUACAACAGCCCUCAACGCAUUGUCCCAUCAUACAUUGGUUUCAAAUUAAUACAGGUUGCCAGUUAUUUAUCAUUCACCACAAUCUUUUCCAGAGGUUCAUCUCUGUAGUGAAUGUGUCAUGCAGUAAUUCAUCAUUGCUUGUCGAGCAUGCAGAAAAAGCAGGGCAGCCUUGACUUCCAGAUCAUCCUAAAAUAAUGUGUUGUGCUGUGUACUCACUCACCUGUAUUAAUGUUGACAAGAACAGUUUGUUUUUUUGCGUGCUGUGAGUACGAAUGCUAUACAUCAAAACGUGCAAGCGCAACGCUAAAGUGGAAACUUAGUUUGCUUCCUUCCAAAACCAAUAAAAAUUCACUCCAUGAAAA